AUGUCAAUAUCAAGACGUCAUUUAUUCUGUAUUAUACUUUUAUAUAUUAGUACAGAUUUACUUCAUGCAAAACAGCAUUCAAUUUAUGUUCAAAAUUAUCAUCAAGAAUUUGAUUAUGCAAGUGCAGAUAGAAUGCCAUCAUCAUCAUCAUCAUCAUCAUCAUUUUUUCAAAAAGAAGAUGAUAUAAAGAGUGCAUCAAAUGAAGAUUUAGAAAAUUUUCAAUCAACAACAUUGCCGACUGUUGAAUUUUUGUCAGAUAUUUCAACAAAUGAUGCUCCAUCAACAAUCACUCCAGUACAUGAUUCAAGAAUCGCCACGGACUUGAUUUCUACGAGUGAAAAAACUAUAUUGCCACACAACAGUACGUAUUCACCCCACAAUAUGUCUUUACCAUCAACGAAAAAUGAAUAUUAUGAUUUUGAUUAUCGAGAACCAACUCCACCACAUGAACAUGUAAAUCAAACAACUGAUACAUUUCAAAUUAAUAAUUCAACGAAUCCAACAUUCAUUCAAAAUUAUACUGAUUUCCUUGUUGAUUGGUCCAACAAAACUCAUAUUGUUCGUAAAAUUUUUCCGAUUAAUAAACAAUAUGAGAGAAAUAGUACAAUAUUAGAAGAAGCAACUAAACAUUUAACAGAUCGAAAAUCAAUGCAAUCACUUGUUCAUUUACUUCCACCAAAUUUUUGGUCACAAAUACAACAUAAUCAAUCAAUAGUUCCUCAAAAUCAAACUAACUAUAUGAAACCAUUCUUACCUAAUCCUGUUUUACUAGCAGAAGCAGCUGCACAAGCAGGUUUACCUGGUCCAGGACCUUAUCCUAUACCAGAACACUUAUGGCCGCGAAAUCCUCCGCAAACCGUGCUAAAACUAUCAAAAACCACAACAACAAGUCGACCAUUAUAUCUAACACAGACAACAACGUUGCGACCACGACCAUUUGUCCCUGUAAAACCAGCUACAUCGCCACCAAACAAUAAUAAUAUGCACUCAUUAUUUGCUCAGCUUGGUUUCAAUUGUCCAUUGGGUGUUAAUAAUAUUCGUUUUCCAGAUCGAAGAUUAUGCAAUAUGUAUUACACUUGUUUACCAUCAGGUCUGCCUGAACCAAACCUUUGUCCAGAAGGUCAUCUUUUUUCAGAAUCUUCUUACGAUUGUGAAUUAACUUCAAAAGUUAAUUGUGGAACACGUGUAGCAGCCUAUUUUGAACCUGAUGACAAUCAAGUUGAUCCGAUUACAAGCACAUCACAAUCAAAAUCAGCUAUAUCAAAUGGUACUAUUGAAUGUACUCUUGGAGCUGAUGGUUAUUUUGAAGAUCCAUUAUAUUGUAAUGUGUAUCAUCAGUGUAUUGCUGGAAUGGAUUAUAUUGAGCAUUGCCCUAAUCAAUUAGCUUGGAACGAAGAAAAGAAAAUGUGUGACUGGGCAACAAAUGUCAAUUGUACUGGUAAAACAAUGCCUGUUGUACAAAGUAAAACAUCAUUUUGUACUAAUCGGCAAGAUGGUCGUUACCCAUCAGAAAAAUAUUGUAAUGUAUUUCAUCAUUGUAUCGGUGGUACUGAUCAUAUUGUACGAUGUACUGGUGAAUUACAAUGGGAUGAUAGAAGAAAAGAGUGCGGUUGGGAAUCAUCUGUUCAUUGCGGUGCACCAAAAAAGAUGUUGCCUCAUGAAAAUAAAUUUAAUUCAACAUUUUGUACUGGAAAAGCAGAUGGAUCAUAUCCAAAUGAAGAAUACUGUAAUGUAUAUCAUGUAUGUGAAUCUGGUACUGAUAGUAUGCGCCAAUGUCCUCAUCAGUUAUUUUGGGAUAAUGAACAAAAAAAAUGUGAAUGGUCGGAUAAAGUUCAUUGCUCUGGGCGUACUCUUGUUGCUCUUUCAAUGAAAUCAAGUUUAUUUUGUAUGGAAAAAUCAAAUGGAGUUUAUAUGGAUCCACAAUAUUGUAAUGUUUAUCAUCAAUGUAUGGCGGAUAUUGAUGUUAAAUUACAAUGUCCAGAAAGAUUAAUAUUCAAUGAAACAUUAAAACGAUGUGACUGGCCGGAAUUAACAAUAUGUAAAAGUGGAAAUAUAUUAGUUGAAAAUAAUGAUAGCAGUGGAUUCUGUUCAGAUAAACCAAAUGGAAAUUUUGCACAUGAAAAAUAUUGUAAUCGAUAUUAUAUAUGUCAAAAUGGAAAAGAUGUUGUAUUUACAUGUCAAAAUAAUCUAAGAUAUUCAAUCGAAAAAAAUGAAUGUGACUGGGCUAUUAAUGUUGAUUGUAAAGGAAAAGCUGAUUACAUGUGGGAAGGUAUUAAAGAAAAUUUUUGUAAACGUUUACCGGAUGGAAAUUAUCCAGAUGCUAAAUAUUGUAAUAGAUUUCAUCAAUGUCAAGCAGCUAUGGAUUAUUCAAAACGGUGUCCAAAUCGACUUAUGUUUAAUGAAGAAUCAAAAGAAUGUGAUUGGGAAGAUAAAGUUGAAUGUAAAGGACGAGAAAAAUUUAUUGAUACUGAAGGACUCGAUGAUUCAGUACGUCCAGGGUCAAAUAAUACUCGAGGACGUUCAACAAAAUUCUGCAUGCUGAAACAAAAUGGAGAUUACGCAGAUUUGUUUUAUUGUAAUGUUUACCAUAAUUGUCAUGGAGGUUUUGAUACUAUACAAUAUUGUACACACGGCUUAGUUUGGCGCCAAGAAAGUGAAACAAUAGGUCGAUGCGAUUGGUCUAAAGAACGAUCUAUUGAUGGAGUCGAUUGCAAUGGAAAAGCUUUAUUUUUCAUCGAAAAAUUAGCUGAAAAAGAUAUUUUAUCGAAUUUACGUUCAGAAUUUUGUAUAAGUAAAGGUCCUGGCCUAUAUGAACAUCAACGUUAUUGUGAUUUAUAUCUACAAUGUAAUGAGCAAGGUGUUGGUGUAACUAUGGAAUGCAGUCCUGGUCUUGUAUUCAAUGAAAAGAAAAAAGAAUGUGACUAUCAAGGAGAUGUUGAUGAUGAAGAGAAAGGAGCUCUUUGUUUACAACCACGCACAUUUCUUCGAUCAAAACCAAAAUCUGAACAAGCUUCAAUUUUAUUCGAAGGUGUUGAUGCUACCGGACAAUUUCCAACACGUUUUGAUUGUAUGAGUAAAAACCAACAACUAAUGUUUGCUGAUAUGGAUUGGUGCAAUAUUUAUCAUGUAUGUGUUGGAAGUCGAGAUAAUAUAUUUUUAUGUCCACCUGGCACGAUAUUCAAUGAUACAAAACAAGGUUGUAUGGAUCGAUUUGAUGGAGUUAAUUGUAAUGGUACACGUUCUUAUUUUAAACCAACAAUGAAACGUCAAAAGCGUAUUGAUGCACCAAGUGCACCACGAAAACUCCAAUCAUAUGUUGCUAUGAAGCCAUUUUCUCAACAAGCUAAUAAUCAACGAAUUCCAUUUGAAUGGAAUAAGUCCUAUCAAUCAAGACAAUUCAAUCGUUAUUCUUUGAAACGGCAACAACAUCAUUAA